AUGGACAGAAUCAGAAAUGCAGUCAUAAGAGAAGAACUUGAAAUUGAAGCCACUAGAGAAUUUAUAAAAAAGAGACAACUUAGCUGGUGGGGACAUCUACAGCGAUUAAACAACAAAAGACAAGUAAAAAAAGUAUGGGAGGCAAAAAUCAUCCAAAAAAAGAAGGGAAGACCUAGGAAAAGCUGGAAUAAGGUAAUAUCAGACACACUGGAAAAGAGAGGAAUGACAUGGACAACCGCAAAAACAGUAACCAAGAACAGAAAAGAAUGGAGAAAAUUCGUGUAUAGCUAG